CGUUACAGUGAUAACACAACCCACUUUGCAGCAAAGACAGUGGUGCAGCUCUAAUUGUUUAAUCCAGACCAUAAAAGGCAAUGAGCUGGUGAUGAUUGUACACAUAACGAAUACAGUGGCAGAAAUAGAUGAGGACUGAUCUCGGUGACGGCGUCAAAAAUCGUUCACAUCAUGGAAACGAGCGAUGGGGAUGACGGUUGCAAAAUUGGAAGCUGUCGAUUGAGCGAAAUUGAAACGAAACCAAUAACCAAAGCACCUUCGACUGUCUUUCCCGCAGUGGUAGCUUGUGGAUAUCGACGGGUCGGAAUCGCAAAAUCUGGGAAUUAUUUUCCUGCGUUUUUGGUCGCUUUCCCGAAUCACAGAGACAGCAGCAACCCGGAAACAGUGCAGAGGAAGAGUGCAAUCUGUUUUGCGUGGAGAUCAAAACGAGAUUUUAUGCUACUUGCACGGUCUUCUGACUCUCUAGUCCUUCCUAAAGCAGCUUUGAAAAAAGUUGUUGAUAGCAACAGUGUUCCAUGGAGACGAUUUGACAUGAACCUUGUUGGAAACAACAACACCCCAUACUUUCUAAGCGAUCCCAAACUACCAAAUCACUUUUCGGUACGAAUGAAAAAAUCUCUGUGGCUCCUUGAUCAUUUUUUACAUCGGGCAGAAACAUCUGCAACGGAAACGGCGAAGGCUGCCUGGGAAACAUUUUGCCGCCCAUCCGAUACCGAAGAUUUGAUCACUCCAAGAGAAUUUACUCCGGGAGCUGAUUCGACUACCAACCAAAGGGAUGGAAACAUUGCAAAACCAAAGGGCGAGGACACACAGGCACAUUCGACCGAAACAAAAAUCAACGAUCCGAAUACUUCGUUUAGCAGCAGUCACAACGAAAACGUAACGACACUAGCAGAUUCAUCCCGUUUAGGACAGUACUUUGCUUCCGAAGAAAAUUCUCGAAUGGUGGUGGAGUGUGCCUUAGAAAAGAUUCUUCCUCUGUUCCACGAUGGCAAGAAUAGUGACAUCCUAUUCCUUGAACCUAGUUGCGGACAUGGUGAUAUCGUUGCCUCUUUGGUAGAGGCUUUGGAAGAGCAUGAAAUAUCACCACGAUCGGUCUUUAUCCAGGGUUACGACAUCGACCCUUGCGUCAUUAAGACUUGCCAGCAAUCUACGACAUUCCAUAACAGUAGGUCUGCCAAUUCUUGUAAGGACUCCAACGAUUACCGGGUUCUCUGGGAAUGUUCAAGUUUUUUUGAAACUACCCGUCAAAAAUGUUUGUGCAGUUUCGAGUCGGCUUACGGCAAGAGAGACGAAACAAAACGAUUGCUGGUGUGUUGCUUAGGAGGCCCCCCGUACACAAGUGGCCAGGGAAGCGGAAGCAGUAUACAACGCGACUUGCCCACGAGAUUUGUUAAACAUUGCCGAAACGAAUGGAAGGCGGAUGUUGUCUCAUUCUUGCUGCCUGCUCGAUACAGAGAAGGAAUGAAACACAGCAUUACGGAUUGCACUUUUACAAAAAGAGCGGCAGCAAACGCUGAGUCAGUCACACACAAAAAUACAAUCAAUCAUUCUAUCGGAGGUGCUCAACAGAUUUGGCGGUGCGAAACCGAAGAACUCAAGGAGUCGACAUUUUUCUUUCGUGGGAAAACCAAAGUGAAGCAGCCUUCAAUCAUCCAAACAUUUUACAGCUGUAAAAUAUAACGUCCGUUGAUUAUCCAUGAACAAGAUGCUCCGUUGUCUUCAGACUGCAGAGUACGAUACGAAACGAACGAUAUUCCUAACUUAUCAUUUUGAGAAUAAAAUAUUACUGGUACUACUGGCAGUAUUGGCUACGGUGCACUGGACUACAACUAUCUUUAGUGCACAGUAGCCAGUAACCUUGACGAAUUCUCACAGCCCUGGACUUGCUGAGGAAACAAAAAGAAAUUUGUUUUUAGUGUGGAUUUGUGUAAACCCCGGUAUAUUAAUUUCUGCAAAUAAAUUAGUACCUUUACC